CCCGAAUCAUGCCCGUAAGGUUUUACAGACCUUGGCCGAAUAGCCGCGCUGGAUUUGGAAAGUAGUUGUCAAACGGUUGGCCACCGUCACUUCACCGUCUCGCACUUGUCUGUAAAUCUGUCAAUCUAUGGAAGGAUUCUGUCGUAGAUUAGCCGAUGUCGAGCGGCCAAACUUUUACAGACAACUUGUUUGUGUAAAUUCUUACGGGAAGUCACUCAGUGUGAGCAUUGAGAAUGCUGUGAGCAAGGUUAUCAGAUAUCGCCGGCGACUGUGCCUAGCAAUGAAUGGUUCUCAUGUCACAUGCAAAUGAUCCCUACACUGAUGUUAAAUUUUCGACAGGAUAUAUAGUCAUUCCUACUGGCCGAAUGAGUUCAACUUCAGUCAACAUUAAAAUGUCUUCCUCAACGCAGGACUUCCUACACAUCGACGUCGGGAACACGCUGGGGGCACUUUUUAUUGGGGUCACCCUUGCAGCAGUCCUCUUUGGUCUGAGUAAUGUGCAAGCUUUCAUCUACUUACAGGCGUGCAGGGGGUUAUCAUUCCAUAAGUUGGCUGUCAUCUGGCUUUGUAUACUUGAUGCUCUGCACCUGGCCUUGAUCGUCCAUUCCGUCUAUUUUUAUUUGGUGACCAACUACGCGAAUAUCAGUGCGCUCACAGAACUUGUAUGGAGCUUCAAACUUCAGUUAGUCAUCGAUGUUGUACUCAUCUACAGUGUACAAGCUAUGUAUGCUUAUCGCAUAUGGAUAUUCAGCAAGGGCCGAUCAAAAAUUCUCCCUAUCAUAGUGUGGAUAAUCGUGGUACUGGUUUCAGGUCCUGCCAUUGGUAAGGGUUCAGUGGUACUCUUGUUGUUGAUUCAUCAUUUUCACCUCACGGUAGUCACUGCUUGGAGCAUAUAUCGGUGCCAUGUGUUCACGGAUUUGAUUAAAAUCGAGUGGGUGACAUUUAUGGCUUUCGGAACGACUACUUUCCUCGAUCUCGUUGUUGCAUCAUCGCUAUGCUAUCUCCUCGCUACCUCCCGUACCGGGUUCUCUAGCACCGACUCAUUCGUAAAAAAGCUCAUGGGCUACACCAUCAAUACUGGCUGCCUGACGAGUAUAGUUUCAAUCACAGUUAUGGUUACAUGCGCAAUUAUGCCGCGCAACUUCAUCUUUCUCAGUGUUGAAUUUUUAGUGACCAAAUUAUAUGUCAACUCGUACCUCGCGCUCCUGAACGCGCGAUACUACUUGGGGGUUGGCGCAGACACUAGUAUUGAUUGUUCUGGAUUCCAUAUGCCCCACAGCGUGUACAGCCCGGAGCUGCACAGGGGGGCAUCGCAAGAUGGGGAACUCCAGGCAUCUCAAAAGAACAUGUUUCAAUAUACCCACGAUGAAGUAGUGCAUCCUACUCGAUCUGUCAAGCCACAGCAGCCGAUUGAGGAGGCGGUGGAGAUGAAUUCUUUUUCGUCAGCGUGA